UUAAUUUCAUAUGUAACAUUUAGUUCUAGCAAUGUCUGGUGUUUACUUGUGUAUCAGUCGUAUCUUCUGUAUUCGAUACACAUAUAAUUUAAUAUUUUACUGAUAAUUAAACAGUUAAAUUAUUUUACUGAUUUUUCACUGAGAUUUCUGACCCGUUACUAUUUAUUUUUUGCAUCAAAUCGCUAUGGAAAUUUCCGAUAAGACUGUUCCUGUCGUCAUCAAAAGGGAGCCUUUGGAAGAGGGCGAGCUUACCGAAGAUUCAGAGCAAGGUGCUCCUUUUUCUGUCGUCAUCAAAAGCGAGCCUUUGAAGCCGGCAGAGCCUCCCAAAGAUUCAGAGCAAUUUGCUUGCUGGCCAGAUCUUGUGCACAAAGUAAAAGUUGAAAAUGAACAUUCUUCGAGUAUUGGAAAUCGAUUACGUAGUAUAGUUGGAUGGGUAAAACCGAGUCAAAAGCGCAAAUUUCGUGACUAUUCAGAUAAUGAGAGGGAUAGAUCACGAGAUCGAAGCAAAAGGUUUUGUUACAGACCUAAUAAAAAAUCGAAAAAAAAUAAUUUGGAAACAUCUAAGGAAACAUUCAACUGUAAAUUGGAAAUAUCUGAAAAAAAAUUCAAAUGUAAAAAUUGCUUCAAGGCAUUCGAAACUGCUCUUCAAGUUCAGCAACAUGGUCAAGACAAGCAUGGUAUUAUUCAAGAAAUCGUUAACAAUGAUUUGAACGGAUCUAAGCAAAUAAAUGAAAAACAAUGGAAACAAACAUUGCAAUUAAGAGUUCAGCAGAAACUAAAUUUAGAUGCCAAUAACAAUAAUAGCGAAAACAUAAAAAAUGAUAGUAAUAGUGGUUUUCUUACUAAAUUGAGACAGUUUGUUAACGAUACUGAUACAGCAAAGAAAAACUUGGGAUGCAGUGCUUGUUAUCACAAUCUAGCACUAAAUAAUAGAAUAAGACAUUUUGUGGAUAGUUCGACAAGUACGGAAUCACUGACUUUGUGUCAGAGGUUUUUAGAAGAUUUUCAGAUGCAAUGUACCGAUAAUCACAGGUCAACACACGAAAUUCUUAGCUGUGAAGUCUGCAGGAACAUGGCCGAACUCAAAGAACAUAUCAAAGAUAAUAUUGCGUUUGUAGAAUUGUUCAUAUCGUGGCUUUUGAAUUAAACAGAUUUUGUUUUAAACAAAAUAGUGACGGAUGAAAUAACGUGAAAAAUGGUUUUUCUACAUCGUUGAUUACUGUCUCAACCUGCCAUAAUUUUUUCAUUAGUUAAGAAUUUCUAUUAAUUCUGAUCUAUAUUUUAGCAUUUAUUUUUAAUUUAUUCAUCUAAACAUGUUAUUAUAUUUACUCACAAUAGUCAGGUGAGUCUUAUUGAUCAUAUACAUGUAUGUACAGAUAGUUAUUUAAGAAUAUGUUAUUUAGGCACAUUUCUUUUUAAUUUUUUUUUCCAUUUGAAUUUUAUUUUUAAUUUAUUAAUUAAAGAUAUUAUUACAUUUAUCUUCGAUCGUUAUUCAAGUCUUAUUGAUGAUAUACACAUGUAUAAAUAGCUUGUAGA